UUACGGGAAGGGAGGGAGUGAAGGAGAUGUGAGGGAGGUUGGGAACAUUAGGAAAUGCCUUUGUACUGCAGUGGACCAAUAAUAAUGGCUGAGGAGGAGGAGGAGAAGGAAGAGGGAGGGAUGUACACCUUUCAUAGGAAGCUCAGUCACAGCAAACAGGAGUCACUGAGGAGCUCUGUGCCUUGUCUUCAGAGGCCGUGGUGCUGAGUGAGUCUCCGAGGCUGUGUCUGGUGUGUGACGAGCAGGUGGAGCAACACGCAGCCUUACAGAAGGGGAACAUCCAGAGCAGCCAGAGUGCAUCCAGUGGGUGUGGGAGAUGCUGGGGCGUGCCGGGGUGCUGGGACGAGGCCAGCGGCUGCAGCCUCGGUGGCCCAGCGUGAGGAGGUGGAGCUCAUGCACAGCCAGGAACACGUGGCCUUCAUGUUCAGCCUCCAGGCCCAGCGGGAGGAGGAGCUGCAGACCCUUCAGGAGAACUACAAGUCUGUCUACCUCCACCCCGCCACCAACGUCUGUGCCCUGCUCUCGGCCGGCUCACUGCUGCAGAGUGGCAUGGGUGACGCAGAGGCUCUCACUCAGGUGGUGCUGCCCGUGGCCUUCCAGUUCAACCCACAGCUGGUCCUGGUCACUGCCAGCCUUGAUGUUGGUGCGGGGACCCACUUGGAGGUUGCUGCGUGAGUCCCGAUUGCUUUGAACAUAUGAAGGCCCUUCUGUCUGGCCUGGCCGAGGGCCACAUGGUUCUGGCACUGGAGGGCGGCUUCAGCCUCAACACCAUCAGCUACUGCAUGACGCUGUGUGCCAAGGCUUUGCUGGGGGAUCCGCUGCCCCCCCUUGAGCCCCAGCUGGUGCCCAACAAGAGUGCCGUGCAGACCAUCAAUGACGUCAUCCGUACCCACAGCCGCUACUGGCAGGCGCUCUGCUUCAAGAAAGAAGCAGCAGAAGAAGAAAAGAAGAGAAGGAAGAGAAGGAGAGGGUAUAUGUGUGUGUGUGUGUUAUAUGGACAGAAUUUAAACUGAUUUCUUUCAACAUAUAUUUUAUUAUUAUUAUUGAAAGACAAACUUCUCUUCUU